AGUUGUCUAUUGUCUAUGAUUCUUGUUGUCACUUUUUGUAUUAAAAACAGUUUUAAUAUUUUUCGUUUCCUACAGGAAGAAAAUAAUAUUUCUCAAUUAUUGCUAUAUAACAUAAUUGAAUUACAAUGUCUGUACCACCGCAAGCAUUCGUAAAUAAAAAUAAGAAACACUUUUUGGGGAUUCCCGCUCCUUUAGGUUAUGUUGCUGGUGUAGGAAGAGGUGCAACUGGAUUUACCACCCGAUCUGAUAUUGGUCCAGCCAGAGAUGCAAAUGACGUAUCUGAUGACCGCCAUGCACCUCCGGUGGCUAAAAGAAAGAAGAAUGAGGAGGAAGAUGAUGAUGAAGACUUGAACGACUCCAACUAUGAUGAGUUCUCUGGAUAUAGUGGAUCUCUUUUCUCUAAGGAUCCAUAUGACAAAGAUGAUGCAGAAGCUGAUGCUAUUUAUGAGUCUAUUGACAAGCGGAUGGAUGAGAAGAGGAAAGAGUACAGGGAAAAGAGACUCAAGGAAGAUUUAGAGCGCUAUCGUCAGGAAAGACCAAAAAUACAGCAGCAAUUCUCAGACCUCAAGCGAGAACUGAAAGAUGUGUCAGAGGAGGAGUGGUCAGCCAUCCCCGAGGUUGGUGAUGCUCGGAACAGGAAGCAGAGGAACCCUCGAGCAGAGAAGUUUACUCCUCUACCCGACAGUGUGCUGUCGAGAAACCUCGGAGGGGAGAGCAGCUCAUCCAUUGAUCCAGGGUCAGGCCUGGCUUCCAUGAUGCCGGGGGUCAUGACUCCUGGCAUGUUGACACCUUCUGGUGAUCUCGACUUACGGAAGAUUGGUCAAGCAAGAAAUACCCUUAUGAAUGUUAAGCUUUCCCAAGUAUCAGACUCAGUGACUGGUCAAACAGUAGUGGACCCCAAGGGCUACUUGACAGACCUUCAGUCUAUGAUACCAACUUAUGGCGGUGACAUCAAUGACAUAAAGAAGGCUAGACUGCUGCUCAAAUCUGUGAGAGAGACCAAUCCUAACCAUCCGCCCGCGUGGAUUGCCAGUGCCAGGUUGGAGGAAGUUACUGGCAAGAUCCAAUCAGCGCGUAACCUCAUAAUGAAGGGCUGCGAGGUGAACUCGAGCAGCGAGGAGCUCUGGCUGGAGGCGGCUCGGCUGCAGCCCCCAGACACCGCGCGCGCUGUCAUAGCACAUGCUGCGAGGAACCUGCCGCAUAGUGUGAGGAUAUGGGUGAAGGCGGCUGAGCUGGAGCAGGAGCCUAAGGCCAAACGCCGCGUCUACCGCAAAGCCCUAGAACACAUACCAAACUCGGUGCGUCUGUGGAAGGCAGCCGUGGAGAUGGAAAACCCAGAAGACGCCAGAAUACUGCUCUCCAGAGCUGUAGAAUGUUGUCCGACCAGCGUAGAGCUAUGGCUGGCCCUGGCUAGGCUGGAGACGUAUGAGAAUGCAAGGAAGGUUCUGAACAAAGCUAGAGAGAAUAUACCUACGGAUCGACAGAUUUGGGUCACGGCUGCUAAGUUGGAGGAAGCUCAUGGCAACACGCACAUGGUAGAGAAGAUCAUAGACCGCGCGAUCACAUCGCUCAGCGCCAACGGGGUGGAGAUCAACCGCGAGCACUGGUUCAAGGAAGCCAUGGAGGCCGAGAAGUCUGGAGCGGUUCACACUUGUCAGGCUAUAAUCAGAGCUGUAAUUGGCCACGGCAUCGAGCCAGAAGACCAAAAGCACACCUGGAUGGAGGACGCGGAAAUGUGCGGCAGCGAAGGCGCAUUCGAAUGCGCACGCGCAGUAUACGGCUACGCGCUAUCCGUCUUCCCCUCCAAGAAGUCCAUCUGGCUGCGCGCCGCCUAUCUGGAGAAGCAGCACGGAUCGCGGGCUUCAUUAGAGGCGCUACUGCAGCGAGCCGUGGCGCACUGCCCCAAGUCCGAGGUGCUGUGGCUCAUGGGCGCCAAGUCCAAGUGGCUCGCAGGCGACGUGCCGGCGGCGCGAGGCAUCCUCUCACUGGCGUUCCAGGCGAACCCCAACUCGGAAGAGAUCUGGCUGGCCGCCGUCAAGCUGGAGAGCGAGAACAAAGAGUAUGAUAGAGCGAGACGACUGCUGUCUAAGGCGAGAGCCUCUGCGCCUACGCCUCGGGUGAUGAUAAAAUCCGCCAAGCUGGAAUGGGCUCUAAAGAACAUGGACGUGGCGCUGAAAUUGCUAGAAGAAGCUAUCAAGGUGUUCAGCGACUACGCCAAGUUGUACAUGAUGAAGGGGCAGAUCGAGGAGCAGCUGGAGAAGUAUGAUGAUGCUCACAGCACGUAUACUCAGGGGUUGAAGAAAUGUCCGACGAGCAUCUCGAUGUGGAUCCUGCUAUCCCGACUUGAAGAGCAACUGAAACACAUCACUAAAGCUAGGUCCGUGCUGGAGAAAGCCAGGCUACGGAACCCCAAAGAUGCUGAGUUAUGGCUAGAAAGCGUCCGACUAGAGCGGCGGAACGGCAGCGCGGAGAUAGCUAGCGCUAUGAUGGCGAAAGCUCUACAGGAGUGCCCCGCCGCCGGCCGCUUGUGGGCAGAGGCCAUAUUCAUGGAGUCUAGGCCGCAGAGGAAGACUAAGAGUGUGGACGCGCUGAAGAAGUGCGAGCACGACGCGCACGUGUUGCUCGCGAUCUCGCAGCUGUUCUGGAGCGAGCGCAAGAUCAACAAGUGCCGCGAGUGGUUCAACCGGACGGUAAAAAUCGACCCCGACCUCGGCGACGCAUGGGCCUACUUCUACAAGUUCGAGCUACUCCACGGCACGGAACAGUCUCAGGAGGACGUGAAGUCUCGCUGCAAGGCCGCCGAGCCGCACCACGGCGAGCGCUAGUGCCGCGUGUCCAAGCAGAUCGACCACUGGUGCUUCGGCACCGAGCAAGUGUUGCUGUUGGUGGCGAAGAGCUUGCCUGUGCCCACGUAGAGUUUAAGGUAUUGGAGGUUUUUUGUUAGCGCGGACAG